GGACUCACGUGGCUGGCGCGAAGAUGGCGGCGCCCGCCGCGACCUUCCGCUGGCUGGUGCCGCGGGGCCGCCCGCUGCUGUCCAGGCCUGGGGCGGCCGCCACCGCCGCUGCUGCCGCCGCCUUUCGGCCUUAUGGCGUGCGGGUCUCUGAGACCGGCGAGCUGGUGACGCACACAGGGCAGGUAUACGAUGAGAAGGAUUAUAGAAGAGUUAGAUUUGUUGGACGACAAAAGGAGGUGAACAAGAAUUUUGCAAUUGAUUUGAUAGCAGAGCAGCCUGUGAGUGAAGUUGAAAGCAGAGUGAUAUCAUGCGACGGUGGUGGUGGAGCUUUGGGACAUCCUAAAGUAUACAUCAACUUGGACAAAGAUACAAAGACUGGAACAUGUGGCUACUGUGGACUUCAGUUUAAACAGAAACAUCACUGAAAGAUCAUCCCUGCAUGAUUGCCAAUUUCUGUUCAGAUGUUAACGUUCAACUAUAAAUAAACAAUAUAUUUAGAAAGCCAA